AAAUAUGACUACUUUCCCUUAAACAGUUAGGGUUGACUAUUUAAUAAUGUCAAGAUCUAAUCAAUCUUUUUUUGUUCUCAUAUAAAUUGGGAAUAAAAAAAUAUUUCUCACCAUUAACCACUCCCUGAAAAAGAAGGAAACAAAAGAUGCCAUAUAUCGAGAUUAAAACUAAUGUUCAGGUGCAAGACCACAAAAAAUUCAUUAAAGAAUUAAGUACUUACUCAGCCGCCGCUCUCAACAAACCAAUAUCGUAUAUAUGUGUUUCUUUACAAGAUAACCUCUCAAUGCUCUUUAAUGAUUCGGAUGAACCGACUUACAUUGCUGGAGUUACAUCUAUCGGCCUAGAUUCUGCGACCAAAACAAAAAUGAGUAAGGAAUUGGGUGAAUGGUUGGAAAAAGAAUUGAAAGCCAGUAAUGAUCGUGGCUAUAUUUUCUAUUAUGGUGUUGACCCAGCUAAUGUAGGGUAUAAGGGUAGUCUUAUUGGACAGUUGAUAUAAUUAAAAAAUUUGUUUAUUUUUCCUUCGAAUAAUGUCUUCGUUAAAUAAUUAUUUUGGAGGAUUCACGUGAAAUUACUAAUAGUAAAGAUUAAGUGAAAGCAUUUUUAUGUCAUAUAUUUUCAUAGUUAGAAGUAUGAAAAUUAUCCCAAUGUAUUAUCAUUUUCGCGAAAAAGUUUUAAACAAAAAAAGAAAAAAUAUAUAUAUAUAUUCUUUAUUCUUUAUACUUUUAACUCGAAUUUUUGAAUAUUUAAAUAAAAAGUAAAUGUGAAAAGAAAUUUAACAAGCAAUAUAC